GAUAGUUUUAAAGGUCAAAUAAGGGCUUAUAAGUCUAGAUGAGAAAAGAUUAAUGCCAUUCCAGUAAAGAGAGUGUUACCUAAUAGCUCAAGGAAUACAUUGUUUAUUAUAUUUUUGAGAUGCAUCACUACAGUGACAUUUCGUUGUAUAAACUCCUGAAAGCUACUUGCAAUAAAACAUUCCAAAAUAAUGAUAUAAACUUUAUGUUAGAUGGACUGCUAGAGGAAUUUGCGGAGUAGAUAAAUUGUUGGUUCAAGUUGGAUAUGAAAUCUAUCUGUAAAUUUGUUAAACGAGUAUGAAUAUUUUUUUUUUUUUUUUUUUUGUUUUUUUGACUGGAAAACCAGUAUGAAUAUUGUUGUGACUUAGAAGGUGCUUUAUGUAGUAGUUUUUUAAGAUAAUGGGUUUUUGCAAUUUUGCAUCAUUGAGACUCUUCUGUGCUAAGAUUUUAUAAUAAAGUGCACCUGGAAUAUUUUGGACCUUAAUAAAAUGGCUUCUGCAUGAACUAUGCUUUAGAUGGCCUGUCUAAUUCGUCUUCUGUCUAAUUAUGUUGCUUCUACACUUCAGCUAACAAUUGUACUGUUUGAUAACUUUUGCAAGGGAAAGAAUGAGGAAGAGAAGUUUAAUACUGGUCCAUUAUCUGUACUUAUGACGAGUAUCAAGAAUAACACGCGGGUCCUUAUCAAUUGCCGAAACAUCAAAAAAUUGUUUGGACAUGUGAGAGCUUUUGAUCGUCACUGCAAUAUGGUUCUUGAAAAUGUCAAUGAGAUGUGGACUGAGACCCCGAAGACUGGGAAAGGGAAGAAAAAGGCACAGCCAGUAAACAAGGACAGGGUCAUUAGCAAGAUGUUUCUUCGAGGAGACUCAGUUAUCAUUGUCUUAAGGAACCCAAAGUAAUUUCGCAGUCACCCGACUUGCGUGAGCUGCUGAUUCUGCAGAUGGCCCUUUUUAUACUGAUGUAAUCCGAGAAUAGUAUUACCUUAGUGGAAGUGUGGAACUUGUGUUGGACAGAAUAUGCUCUGAAUAGCUGUAGCCAUUCUUGUGAGAUUGGUCACUGGGAUGAUGGUGUCAACUGUGCCGGGAUUACAUUGAAGUAUGGCCAAGUAGUAUGUCUGAGGUUCUUUAGUUAGACUCAAGGCUAAAAUCUGAUCGUCUCCCGAAUCAUCUAUGUUGCUAACUUUGGUCACAUACUUAUUGUGUCCCUUUAUUUUUAUUUUGAUCAUGCAGUAUCAGAUUCAUAGUCAACUGUUAAUAUGAAAAGUAGAAGUUAUGUCUAA